AUGACUUGGCUUCCUAUUUCGUUGAAGAACGCAGCAAAGUGCGAUAAGUGGUAUCAAUUGCAGAACCAUCCAAUUACCGAAUCUUUGAACGCAAACGGCGCAUGGGAGAAGCCCUCUUGGGGUCAUCCCCGUGCAUGCCACAUCCUCAGUGUCGAACGAAAACCCACCCUUCUUCUUCUCCCUUCUCUUCUCUUCUCCUUUCUCUCUCUCUUUCUCUCUCUAUCAGCAGCGCUCCCCAGGGGGCGGUGGUGUGUCGGGGGGGGGGGAGAGGGCGUGUGGGAGAGAGGUGGGUAG